UACAGAGCAAAGAGGCGGUUUUUGUCGCUUUGCCAAGUAGAUUAGAUGCACCGAGGCAUUCUAAUCGUCGAAGCAUGCUGUGGAGUGAUGCUAAGCGUGAGAAGGAUCUGAAAGCCUUUGUUCUAUUCAAAGCCGGCCGGGAGGUACCUUUGUGAAUAUUUUUUGGAACUCCUCCCAUCUCAAAAAAUAAAACCAGUCUUCCUUAACGCAGGAAAAAGUGAUCUGUCAAGACAUGAAUGUAGACAAAAGCCUUUGGCCAUUCCAACAGGUUCUUUCUGACGAAGAAAGUAGGGAUCUUGGGACACAAUCUGUGUAUAUAACGGAUAUAGAUCCCAAAAAGACUACCAUUUUACUGAAAUUCAUACAACGCCAAUGGCCGCAACAGCAGGGCUUAGAGCACUGUAAACGGAUACGAAAAAACCUAUUGCCUGAAGGACGAAUCACAUUAUCUGUUCUGUUAUGUCCAACGUCCGCUAUGGGUGAAGAGGAAUUGGAACGUCUACUCAACGAGUUCAACGUUGGCGAUAAUGCAUUUGAUAGAAGCCCAGUUCAAGCGAUAUCAGUUCCAUUAUAUGCUCCGCUAAAUCGAACGCAAUUCGAAUCUUGUAAACAUUUGUGGCCUAUAAUAUAUCGUGAAGACACGAGACUCGAUCCCAAGUUCAACGAAAGCCAAAUCAACGACAUUACAACACACAUGCAAGCUUUGAUAACGAAAAGCCAAAAUUCGCUCUCCGGAGAGCUACCUGUAUUUGCGCGUGUAGUAGACCCUUCCAAUAAUCGAAUCAUCGCUGAAGGUUCAGAUACCCGAGCUGCUGACAAGCAUCCGUUACAUCAUGCUGUCAUGAAUUGUAUAGAUAAUGUGGCGCUUAGCGAGCGAGAUAGACGGCAAAGUCAUAAGAGAAAAUUAAAUCAGACAGAUAGCCUGAGCGAAGAAGAUCCUGAUGUCUCCAGUCGCGACUCAACGCCGAAUUUGGAAGAAACUGUUGAGAAGGUGGCCUACCUAUGUACUGGUUUUGACAUUUACACAACCCACGAGCCGUGCACUAUGUGCUCGAUGGCACUUCUGCAUUCUCGCAUUGGACGAGUUUUUUACCAUAAGCCAAGCCGGACCGGUGCUCUCGGGACAGUGUAUAAAAUUCACUCUCACAAGAGUUUAAAUCAUCAUUUCAAAGUCUUCGGGGACGUUUUGAGACGCGAUUUAUCUCAAGCCGAGGCAACGGAUCCGUAUCUGCAGCUCGGUAAUGACGGUAACGAAGUAGAUGCAUAGACCUCAUCUUAUUAUUACAUACACACCAAAAUAGAAUAAAAACAGCCUGCUGUCAGCAGGGGAUGUACAUUCAUUGUUAUUUUUUUUUUGUUUAAAUAAAGGAAAACGAUGC